CCGCUGGUGGCGCCAGUGCGAAGGACGCCGUGUAACGGACUGGUGACGCUUUUCUUCACUGACAAAUAUGUCUUCAGUAACCAUUAUCUGUGCAAUCGUCUUUCCAUCGAUGGCAUGGAUUUCAUAUGCACUGAGCAGUAUUACAUGUAUUGGAAAGCGAGACUUUUUAAUGACAGCGCUACAGCAAUGGCAAUAUUGGCAAGCCGUGAUCCGAAGCAAAUGAAAAUGCUAGGAACAAAAGUGAAAAAUUUCAGUCAGCUAAUCUGGAACAAGUAUUCCAUGCAGGUCAUGGCUAUUGCCAAUCAAAGAAAGGUUCGCACUUCGUAUUUGCGUCUAACGUAG